AUGGAGGAGGACAUCGACGACAAGUUCUUCUACGACUUCCCCGACAACCCCGCGCUCAUCGAGGCGCAGCAGCCCUUCCUCGAGAUCCUCUCCGAUCCCUCCUCCAACUCCACCUCCGACGACAGCAACAACCGCGCCGUCUCCCCGUGCUCCCCCUCCGACGCCUCCGUCGGCACCGCCGCCCAGCUGCCUCCCACGCCGGCCGCCGUUGACUCCUACGACCGCUUCCAGUUCGAGCCCGUCGACCUCGAUCCCGCCGCCUUCUUCGGCGGCGGCGCCAACUCCGACCUCAUGAGCUCCGCCUUCCUCAAGGGGAUGCAGGAGGCCAACAAGUUCCUGCCCAGUCAGGACAAGCUCGUCAUCGACCUGGAGGCCUCCUCUGGCCAGUUCUUCAAGGGCGUCGAGGAGGGCAACAAGUUCCUGCCCAGGGAGGACAAACUCGUUGCUGGGUUCAAUGGCCACGCAGCUCCUGCGCCGGCGCCGGUUGUGCUCAGCGUAAAGAAGGAGGAGGCGGUGGAUGCGGUCUCGGCCAACUCUGGUGGCGGCCGAGGUCGGAAGAACCCUUACCAUGAUGACGAGCUGGAGCAGGAGGGUGGCAGGAGCAGCAAGCAGAGUGCGCUGGGAGACGACGUCUCUGCACGGGAGAUGUUCGACAGGAUGCUGAUGCCCUCAGACGAGAUGUGCAUCGUGCAGAUGCAGAACCUGCGGAUCGCCAUGCAGGAGGCGGUGGCCAAGAAUGAUAGCGGCGGCGGGAAGGGGGCCAAUGGCAAGGGGAGGGGCCGGCGUGGUGGUUCCGAUGUGGUGGACCUGCGCACGCUGCUCAUCCAUUGCGCGCAGUCUGUUGCCACAGAUGACCGCCGGAGCGCUACAGAGCUGCUGAAGCAGAUCAAGCUGCAUGCUCGCCCUGAUGGCGAUGGGACUCAGCGCCUUGCGCAUUGCUUUGCGGAGGGCCUGCAGGCGCGGCUGGCGGGCACAGGUGGCCUCGUACACCAGUCGCUCAUGGCAACACGCAUCUCAGCUGUGGACAUGCUCAAAGCUUACCAGCUGUACAUGGCAGCCAUCUGUUUCAAGAAGGUGUCUUUCCUGUUCUCAAAUAGUACAAUCUAUAAUGCCUCCUUGGGAAAGAAGAAGAUACAUAUCAUCGAUUAUGGUAUACAAUAUGGGUUCCAGUGGCCGUGCUUUCUGCGACGGAUAUCAACAAGGCCUGGAGGGCCGCCGAAUGUAAGGAUCACUGGUAUCGAUCUCCCUCAGCCUGGGUUCCGGCCAACAGAGCGGAUUGAAGAGACAGGGCGCAGGCUCAAGAAGUAUGCCCAUGAGUUUAAUGUGCCGUUCGAGUACCGGGCCAUCGCGACGGCAAAGAUGGAGUCGCUCCGCAAAGAGGAUUUGAAGAUUGAUCCUGAUGAGGUACUCAUUGUUAACUCCUUGUUUCAAUUCAAGAACUUGAUGGACGAGAGCGUUGUGCUUGAGAGCCCAAGGGAUGUUGUGCUCAAGAACAUCAGGAAGAUGCGCCCCCACACAUUCAUCCAUGCAAUCGUGAAUGGCUCAUUCAGUGCCCCAUUCUUUGUGACACGGUUUCGGGAGGUUCUGUUCUACUACUCGGCCCUUUUUGAUGUUCUGGACACAACCACCCCAAGGGAUAACGAACAGAGGAUGCUGAUUGAGCAGAACAUCCUUGGGCGUGCUGCCCUGAAUGUCAUUGCCUGUGAGGGUACAGAUAGGGUGGAGCGUCCUGAGACGUAUAAGCAAUGGCAGGUAAGGAAUCAACGGGCAGGUUUGAAGCUGCUGCCAUUGAAUCCAGAGGUCAUUGAGCUAGCGAGAGACAAGGUCAAGAACUGCUACCACAAGGACUUUGUGAUUGAUAUAGAUCAGCACUGGCUCUUGCAAGGAUGGAAAGGGCGCAUCCUCUAUGCCAUCUCGACAUGGACGGCAAACGAUGCUAGCUCAUAA